UGUUCCUCACUCUCCUCUCUCUCUCUCUCUCUCUCUCGUGACUCCAUCUCCCGCUCCCUCUUCCCACUAGCGCUCGCCACCGCUCCCUCUCUAGGCUCCCCAGAUCUAGCGAGGAGGCUAGCUGACCAGCACCACCACCAACACCUCUCUGUCUCCUAAUACCACCACCAAUCCUCUUUCUCUCUUGGUGCCCAGAUCUAGCGAGAAGGUCGGCCACCACGUCCAGAUCUGGCUAGUAGCACAAGCUCUCUCCACUCUCUCUCGCCCUCCGUCCCUCGUCGGUGCUCGCACCGCUCGCGUGGCCGGUGGCGGCUCUGGCAGGGAGGUAGUGGCGGUGGCAUGGGUGUCACUAAUGCUUUAGCAAUUCCCUCUUCUGCUCCAAUGGAUACCCUACACCCUCAUAAAGAUAAGAAAAGGAGCACAAGACCCAAAAGCCAUCAUGAAGGCAAGCAUGAUACAACUAAGGAUAUUUAUUACACCAUCAUUGACACCAGUAUCGAUAAAUGGAAGGCCACCAAAAAAUCAUUCUGUGGUGAUGACUUCAGAAAGGUCCCUAGCAAAAAUCCUGAGGAGACCUUUGAACAACAUGACUCUGUCAUAAAGGGAAAGCGAAGGUUUAGUCUCAUCUCCAAGUUGCAAGAAAACUAUGAGAAGGAGAAGGUGAAAGAAGUCAUCUUACAGGAAAAGAGCGCAGAAGUCAAGAAUAAUCAUGAAAUUGAGCGUACCAAAAGUGUAGACAAGGAGAGGUCCCGAAGCGUUGAUAUCACUACCAUUGACACUAGUAUUGAUGGAUGGAAAUUCACCAAAAAACUCACCUAUAGGGGAGGAUGGAAGGUUGCUCACAAAAAAUCAAUGGUGGACUCUAAACAAGAGGAUGCCUAUGAGGAGGAGAAGGAGGAGAAAGUUACUACCUCACAGGACUAGAUGCUCUCAACCAAUACCAGAAGACAAUGGUGAUACCGCUGUUCACAUAAUAGUCAUAAGAAGAAAAAAGAUCUGAGACAUCACAACACCGGUUUAAAGGAGGAAAUUAGCAAAGGAUUAUGUAGGGAAAAAGUAUUGUCAUUUUUUGUUAUCGAUGAAUUAUGUUGACUUAGUCACAAUCAAUUUGUUUUAUCAUUUCUAUCCAUUAAAGUCGUCAUUAAAUUCAUAUA